UUUUUUUGCUGAAGAUUACUUUGUUUACACGUUCUAUUAUUUUUUCCACUCAUGGAUGUUUCUUAUGUUUAUGAUCCCACUUCCUGCCGCUCCAGUCUAUGGAAUGAUCGUCCAUCAUACAUUCGGGAGUUCGAGCGUUGAAAUCGUGCACUAAGCUGAACCAUCCAUCGUAUGCCAUGCCGUCUGCUAGUCCUUUCUAUUCGCCAAACUUCCCUGGGAUGGACAAAUCUGAUAUCACCCUAGACACAUCCACGUCACUGAUAGACUUAUGGGGGCCAGCCCCGGUCAUUAACUCAGCGACAUUUCAGCGAGUUUCACAGGACGAAAUCCGCAGCUCGUGCACUAGCAAUAGUCAGUCAGAGACGCUUUUAGGUUGUGGUGCAAGUACGACCAGCUCUGCCUCCAGCGUCGAUCUUCACGUGGGAUUUGUGGACAACAACAACACGAGUUGCUCUGGCAAUAUACAGCAUCAGGCUAGCCUGGUGGCAUCAAGAGAAGGAACAUACUCCGACUUAGAAUACCAGAAAUUCGCAACUUGGGCUCAAAAGCAUCCUGAAUCUUGGUCUCCUCGCGAGGUUCUUGACUGGUUGUACUUUACAGCGGAGCAGCACAAUCUUGACGGGUCAAAGUUGCGAGGCGAAGCCUUUCAGGAUCUGCCAGGGGCCGACCUUUGCAGAAUGUCACGAGAGGACUUCGACCAGGCCGAUCCGCAAUUUGGGGGCUUGUAUUACGAAGUCUUCCAGAGUUUAUUAAAAUCAGCGGAGGAGUUUUGUGUCCCAACAUCGUCACCAAUGCCAGAGAGCCCUGUGUGUCCGUCCUUCGACGUUCCGAGCUAUAAUUUGUCCGCGUCUCCCUCGGGCCACGUGGACAGUCGACUGAAUGCGGGCUACACCAGCAACACAUCCUGUCAUUCCGGUCACGACAUACAUCCGUCCCAUAUAACACAUGCUUAUGGCGGCUACCCCUGUCCCACACCAACCUCAGAUUCUCUCAGAAAUCCUUUCAUUUAUCCUAAGCACGAUCGCAUAUGUACACAACCACAGACUUCGUCUAACGGAGUAUACGGAAAACUGGGACUUGAUCAGUUUGUGGAUCUCUCACUACCAGAUGACACACUCAUGUCUGGAUCAUAUUACCCCAGUAAUGGGCAAUACCCAUUGCCGGGUAACCACACCCCACCUUUCAUCUCAUCUCCCCCAACAUUUAUGCCACCUGGUCCCCCAGUGCGCAGACCGCCAGGUAGACCCCCAAAGGAUAAAGGUUUGAGGGACCUACACAGACCACGGGACCGGCGGGGCACAGGUAAAAACCAGCAUUUGUGGGAGUUCAUCUACGACACGUUAAUGAAUCCCAUGUAUAACCCUCAAAUAUUGCGGUGGGAAAACAAGCAAGAAGGCAUAUUUCGCUUUGUCCAGUCAGAAGCCGUAGCUCAAUUGUGGGGAAAUCUGAAGAACAACGACAACAUGACGUAUGAGAAGUUGAGUAGGGCCAUGAGACAUUAUUACAAACGUGGUAUCCUGGAGAGGGUAGAAGGGAGGCGACUCGUGUACAAGUUCAGUCGGACUGCUAUGGAACGAAGGAGGCAGCAACAGCAUUCGGUAUAGCCGCACGCGCCAACUGUGUGACGUCAUGUCAGCCAUAUCUCACAAUAACGAUUAGCAGACGACAACAAAAAUAUUUCGCGAAUCCAAGGCAUUGUUUUCCCGGUUAUUUGACUGUCUGAUUGCUCAUGCAGCUGAAGAUUCAUUUUUUUUCACGUUUAGUUUUCUUGGCUGCACAGUUUCUUGCAUUUGUAUGCGUUAUCGCAUUCAGAAACCCACACAAUCAUGUAUAUACUUGUAACUUCGUUAUGUAGCAAGUCAUAAGUGACUGAACGCUCCAGCCAAACGGUAUCUACAUACAUUUCAUACGUCUGUAAUAAUGUGUGUUUAACGGAAACGCAAACCAAACACUGAAGUAACCUAAGCAUAAUCACGGAGAUCACAGAAGGCUUUAUCCAAAAAUAGCCUUGCGUAGCGAAGUUCACCCAGCGUUGACAAAUCCUGCCAUUCUUUUAAACUUUAAGCAAGUGGAUUUUUUGUCCUUCAAAGGAAAGUGUUCCUACAGAAAGUGCUCGUGACAUUUGGUUGGCUACGUCAGAUUGUUACCAUAAAGCUAAGCUCAGAUGUAAAAACCAUUUUCAGACACUGUCUGAAGCUGAAAGCUGUAAGAACGGCAGUAGUUGGGGUUUCCUCUUGCUAUUUGGUUCAGAGUUCAGAGGUACAGCUGUAAAAACACAAAAACAAACAUUAUAGCUGGCGUAUUCCGCAAUAAGAAGUCACAUGGGAAAUAUACACGUGUGUGUAUGACGUCAUUCGGAACAAUUUGUUAAAGGCAUGGAAAAGAAUCCAUUAUGAAAACAUCGUGCUAAGUCGUCUGUGAAUUGUUCUUUCACGAAAUUUCACGAAAUAUGUAAUAUAUGAAAUAUAUAGAUUUCACGAAAACUUGGUGUAAAACCAGGCUUUUGACUGUAUCAGAGAUGCUUCCGAUUCUCAAAUCUAUGUGCGUCGGUAUAGGCUAUAUGAGGGAUUGGUUAUUUGCUCCAGGGGAACAGGAAUGGGUGCAUUUUUCAUGCGUCGAAGUUGUUUCUUGCGUUAACAGCAAACUAUAACACAGAUUCAAGACGAAAUAUGUCACGGCCAUGUCAAACUAUCCUCUGUAUUCGCUGACGUCAUGACGUCAAGCACUUCACCACGUGCGUCAGCAUUGUCAUCUGGAGUGGCAGCUGUUGACACAAACAGCUUUUUCCUGCUGCAGCAUGGACUUACUCUUUAUUGGCAACCACCGUCGGACUCUACUGCACGGCCACGUUAUUGUGAAAUAGCAGUUUCAUAAGUAUGAGGACUUCCCAUACGCACCGGAUCAUACAUAAUCAGCUAUUUCAGCUUCCUGCAUAUACUUGCCAUUUCCACGUCCCAUUUGUUCCAUCUGUACCUUAAAACUUUUGUUAGACGUAAUCCAGUUGGAUCUUCACGAUUUUCUAGGUUUAUAGGUUUCCAUUCAUAAGAAGUAUGUCCGACAACAUAGUUUUACCUGGUACAUGUAUGAAGUACCUAAAUUGUGUCCAAUGCUAAACGCCAGAGACUGUUUAACUGGUACGAACACAUCAAUUCUAGGAAACCAUGACUAAGAUCACAACGUUUUAUACUUGUUUAUUUUAGGGUACAGUAGGCUUUGUUGAGAUAUUACACAUUUAAGACCAAUGGUCACCAUUAUAGUAUUAUACAUCAAGGUUGGCUACCAUGUUUUUUAUGUACAUAGUUUGCAUGAGAUGUGAGGGGCAAAAUAUAUAUCUGUAUACCACAAUGAAAGAAAGCGAGGUAGAGGCCCUCCCUCUAGGCCUACCUGGAAAUGCGACGGUAAUAUUACCACAUCCACUUUUAUUUAUAUACAUAUAUUUAUAUAGAUGCUUAUAUUCAUAUUCACCUUGUAUGGUUAACCACUAAGAAGCAGUGUGAAGAUCUCCAGUUGUGCUACCCACCAAAUUUACGUAACGUAGCUGCAGAGGUUCACCCCGGACGCUUGCAACAUUCCAGGUAAAUCAAAGGAAGCCAAACUGUUUGAAGGGUUAAAUCUUAUCGUGUUUUCCUCGCUUACUUCUUGUCUCUUUGUUACUUAAUACGGCCGGGACUAUUAUCUAUUCCUUUAGUUAGGACUGGUCAUGUUACAAGGUGCUAUUGGUUUCAUUUCCUAAUCUUGCCUUUUCUGUGAUACUCACAAUUCUUGUGUUCUUUUUUUCUGUAUUUUUCUACAUCUUUGGUCUCGUCUUACUCUUACGUCAUAUUUCACUGGAUGAUGUUAUUUAAAAUUCCAAAAAACAAA